AUUCCUGCCUCAGGAUCACCAUGCAGCAAUCAAGCUGAACAGCUUAGGGGAGCACAGGGCGCAGGGUGGGACACACGGGCUCUGGGUGCAGAGCUCCAUCUGUGCUGUGGUGCUAUCGGGAAAGGAAAGCCAUUUUUUCCCCCUGUUUUAUGAGUAUUCACUCAGGACACAGCAGCUGAUGACGCACAGAAAGAACAGCACAACCUUUUCAUUUUUGCUGGUAGCCCAAAGCACAUUUCCAGAUAGAUGAUGAAAGUUAGGAACAUGUUCAGGUCUGAACAUGCAGAUUCAAGUACCCAAAUCUAUAUUUUCAUGUCACAGAUAAUUAUAGCAUCCUGGAAAGCUGACUGCUAAUUUAGCUAAUUACUUAGCUGGCAAAGUAAAGUGUGUAGGCACAGAUGUCUAGAGCCUUGUCUGAGAGGGGGGGCAGUUGGAAAUAGACUAAUGCUAUUUUUCAUGGAACACUAAUGAAUUUAGCCACACGCCCUCCAAUUAAACAAUAUCGUGUUCCUUGUUUGCAUAGGCAGAUGGAGUGUGAGUUCCUUGAGUGCUGAGGGCUGGGAAAUUUUGGCUCCUUCCCCAUCAGCUACUGCAGCCCCUGACAAGAGCAGCAGCAAAGCCAUGCAAAGAUAUCUGCUUUGUUCUACACUCUUUUGUUUCACCUGCAACCCCAAAGCGUGCAUAUGCUGCAUUCAGAGUUUAACUUUUUAAAGCUUUUAUGAUUACCCUUCACAAAGCACUGCAUUUCCCUGAGGCAGCUGUGGGCUGUGGCUUGGGAGCUGUAGGCUGAGAGUUCUGCAGAAGAAAUGAGAGCUGAGUUUGAGAACACAUUGCUUGAUGUCACCUGUAGGUUUGUGCUGUGAAAACAUCGCUGCUAAGAAUGAGAAUUGCUGUACGUACUAUUAUUGCACCCACUGAUCAAAAUACCCACUGCUUUGAAUAGAUUGAUGAGCUGUCACUAAGCACAGCAAGCAAAACUGGAAUAGUAAAUCAUCUUUGAAGUGAAGGGAAAUAAUAACAUUCUAAAUUUCCCGUUGCAUUGAUGAAAUUAGACUCAUGGGAGUGACUGUGUCCCCUUGGGGGUCAGGACAGACAACUUCCAGUAAUUCCUUCUGUUUCUGUAGAUUCCAGGGACCUUCAUGAAGGAAUUAUGGAAUUCCAGGAUGGUUUGGGUCCUUAAAGCCCACUCAGCCCAACCCCUCCAUGGGUAGGGACACCUCCCAUAGCCCAGUGCCCAUAGCCCCAUCCAUGGCCUUGGGCAACUGAAUACAGGAGCCCAUUCCUGUUGUGCCUGUUACUGUGUGGGCACAACACAGAGAAGAGAGUGGCCUUUUCUUCUUUCCCUUCAGCAUAUGGGUAGGAUAAGAAUAGCAAAGGGUGCAGGUGGAGGACAGGAGGACAAGCAAGACCACAUCUGCCAAGAGCCUGGCCGUGGUGAAAGCUCAGCAGCUGGGCGGAGGGCAGUGGUUGGUGCAGACAGGGCAUCCUGCACUGGAAAUCUGAAAAUCCAGCACGGAAGCUGAGAUCUGGCUGGGCAGGUGUGCCUCCAAGCAAGUCCAGACAGAGGGCUGGGGACAUGGCCUAGGAGGGAGAACCCCAUGUGGAAAGCCUGAGGGGGACCCUGACGGAGAUGAGGAUCAUGGCUUGUCUGGGCAGGAGAGCAGUGUGAUCCAUGGGGACCAGGAGAAGGGGCUGCAGCAGCGCCCUGGGAGGAAUGUAGGCUUGCUGCAAUAGAUAACGUUAUUUUCUAUUGUACAGGUGAGGAGCCUGUAGAAAUGAAGCAGAAGAGAAGAGAGCAGAAGCAAGACCUCCACAAUGAGCCUUAGACUGUGUCCAGACACCGGUUGGUUUUCAUUGCCCUCAGAAUCUAAUCCUGCAUUACCUUUGAACUGUUCAUGAGAGUGAGGUCUUUAGCCCAGGCUGGCCCCAGCCCAAGCUGAACAUGUACCCCAGGAACAGCAGCCAAGCUCAGCCUUUCCUGCUGGCAGGCCUUCCCGGGAUGGCUCAGUUUCACCACUGGGUGUUCCUCCCUUUUGGUCUCAUGUAUCUGGUUGCAGUGCUGGGAAAUGGUACCAUCCUGCUGGUUGUGAGAGUGCAUCGCCAGCUCCACCAGCCCAUGUAUUAUUUCCUUUUGAUGCUGGCCACCACAGACCUGGGCCUGACUCUGUCCACCCUGCCCACCGUUCUGCGCGUCUUCUGGUUGGGUGCCAUGGAAAUCAGCUUCCCCGCCUGCCUCAUCCAGAUGUUCUGCAUCCAUGUCUUUUCCUUCAUGGAGUCCUCAGUGCUCCUGGCCAUGGCCUUUGAUCGCUAUGUGGCCAUCUGCUGCCCGCUGAGGUACUCCUCCAUCCUCACUGGUGCCAGGGUUGCACAGAUUGGACUGGGGAUCAUCUGCCGAUGCACACUGUCACUUCUCCCAUUAAUCUGCCUCCUGACGUGGCUGCCUUUCUGCAGGUCACAUGUGCUUUCUCACCCCUACUGUCUGCACCAGGAUAUUAUACGACUAGCGUGCACAGAUGCCACCCUGAACAGCCUGUAUGGAUUAAUCUUGGUGUUGGUUGCAAUCCUGGACUUUGUUCUCAUUGCGUUGUCCUACAUCAUGAUCUUUAGGACUGUGCUAGGCAUCACCUCCAAAGAGGAGCAGACCAAAGCCCUAAACACUUGUGUCUCUCACUUCUGUGCCGUCCUCAUCUUCUACAUCCCUUUGGCUGGGCUGUCCAUUAUACACCGGUAUGGAAGGAAUGCCCCACCUAUUAGCCAUGCUGUCAUGGCCAAUGUCUACCUCUUUGUCCCACCUAUACUGAACCCAGUCCUCUACAGCAUGAAAAGCAAGGCCAUUUGCAAAGGCCUCCUGAGGCUCCUGUGUCAGAGAGCAGCCUGGCCUGGCCAUGCCCAGAACUGUUAGAAUCAUAGAAUCACAGAAUGGUUUGAGUUGAAAGGGACCCUUAAAGUCCUUCCAGUCCCACUCCCCGCAAUGAACAGGGAUAUUCAUGGCUCCAUCAGUGCUAAGAGCCCCAUCCCCUGACCUUGAGUGGCUCUGGGAAUUGGGCACCACCAUCUCUCUGGGCAACCUGUGCCAGUGCCUCACCAUCCUCAAUCUCGGUCAGUUUGAAGCUGGUAUGGAGGACAGAUUCCACCAAAAAAUGUCACUUAGAUAUCAUGAACUCCCAGUACCAGGUGUUGCUCAUCUGAUUCUGGAACAAAGUUGGAUGUGAAAUUGCAGAGCUGCUGGACAGGUGAUUAUCAACUUUCCUCCACCUGCAAUGAUGUCUCCAUGGGAUUCUCCCUGAGACCUACUGAUCAGUGUGCAUUAUUUCCUCUCCUGAUGGGACAACAGUGGUUUGGAGAAAGAAUAUUGUGAAUAAGCACAUGAAUAAGCACAUAUGGGUAAAACUUUUAGAGUCAGACGGGGAAGGGGAAAUCCUCCUAUGGCAGUGGGACUUCUCUGAGGGUGGCUCCAGCUGGAGGAUCCUGUUGAUGUAACACACCUGGAUGUCACAAAGACUUUGACUAAAUUGCUUUAAAGCAAUCACUUUGUAAGGGGGUUGGAGAAGAGCCUCAUUCUGGGAUGGGAAGCUGAUGAAUGAAGGGUAGGUCAUUUCCAGUCCAGAGAAGAGUCAGCAGGGGUCUCUCCAGUGGAUGUGUCCUUGAACUCAUUUUGUUCUACACUUCUACCAGUGACCUGGAUAAAUGCAGUGCACAGUGAACUCUCAGAGCUUACAGAUGACAUGAGGUUGGGCACUGUAUUGAUAGUAACUGUCUUAUGUAUUUUUAUAAGACUGUUUACAUGUUCAUUGCAACAGCAAUAAAUUUCUGGCUCUGGACAG